UAUUUAGAAAUUAUAAAGGAGGAUUAUGUUAUACAAUUAAUUAGAUAUUUAGUAGUUUUAGCGGCAAUAACAAAGAGAGCUCAAAUUCCUUUUUCUUCUUGGUUGCCUGCAGCAAUAGCAGCUCCUACACCUGUUUCUUCUUUAGUUCAUUCUUCUACAUUAGUUACUGCUGGGGUUUAUUUAUUAAUCCGUUUUAAUUUUUCAUUUAGUAAUAAUUUGAUAAUAAUUUUAUUAUUUAUUUCAUCAAUAACAAUAUUUAUAUCAGGUUUAGGGGCUAAUUUUGAAUUUGAUUUAAAAAAAAUUAUUGCUUUAUCAACUUUAAGACAAUUGGGUUUAAUAAUAUCAAUUUUAGCUUUAGGAGAGUAUAAAUUAGCAUUUUUUCAUUUAUUAAUUCAUGCAUUAUUUAAAGCUUUAUUAUUUAUGUGUGCUGGUAAUAUCAUUCAUAAUUUAUUUAAUUGUCAAGAUAUUCGUUUUAUAGGAGGGUUAGUAAAACAUUUGCCUUUAACAUGUACUUAUUUAAAUAUUUGUAAUUUAUCUUUAUGUGGUUUACCUUUUAUAUCUGGGUUUUAUUCUAAAGAUUUAGUGGUUGAAUUUAUAUCAAUAAAUUAUUUAAAUAUUUAUAUUUAUUUAAUUUUUUAUAUUUCUAUUGGUUUAACCGUAUCUUAUAGAUUUCGUUUAACUUAUUAUUCCAUAAUUGGGAAUUUUAAUUUUAUAUCUUUGCAUAUUAUUCAGGAAAGAAGAAUAAUUAUAUUAAAAGGAAUAAGAGGAUUAAUUUUAUUUGUAAUUUUUAGAGGCAGUAUAUUUUCAUGGUUACUUUUUUCUACUCCUUAUUUUAUUUGUUUAACUUUUUUUAUAAAAAUAUUAACAUUAUUUGUAAUUAUAAUUGGUGGAUGGUUAGGGUAUGAAUUAGCUAAAUUUAAGCUUUCUUAUCAAUUAUUAACUUUAAAAUUUUUAACUUCAAGUUUAUUUAUAAGUAUAUAUAUGAAAUAUACCUUAUUUAUCUACAUUAGGGGUUAAUUAUUUGCCUUUAUAUAUAGGAAAAUUAUAUUUAAAAAUUUUUGAUCAAGGCUGAUUUGAAUAUUAUGGUGGUCAACAAAUAUCAAAAAAUUUAAAAAUAUUAACUUUAAUACAAUUAUUUUCAAUUAAUCAUUUAAAAAUUUAUUUAUUAUUAUUGAUUUUUUGAUUAAUAUUUUUACUAUUAAAUAUUUACUUAAAUAGCUUAUAAAGAGUGUAAUUUUGAAGAAAUUAAGGAAGUCAGAGACUUUUAAGUAUUUAUAAGAAAAAAUCUAAUUUUACAAUGAAAAUGUAAUGUUUUUUUUAAACUAUAUAAAUAGAAAUAAAAACAAAAUUUCAUUGCUUAAGAAUUAAGUUAGAAGCUUAUUCUUGGUUUUCUUAUUUCUUUAAUUGGAGAAUAACUCAUUUUUAUCAUUAACAGUGAUAGACCUCUUUUUGGUUUCAAUUAAAAAUAAGGAUUUAUAUAAAUCAAACUUUUAGGUCGAAACUAAAUACAAUAUUUUGCUUCUUAUUUAAGAUAAAUUGAGUUAUUCAAUAAUUUUUAAAUGCAACUUAAAUGUUAUAAUUAACUAUUAUCCUAAUUAAUUCAAUUUAAUGCUCCUUGGUUUCAUUCAUGGUAUAAACCUCAUAAUAAAAUAAAAAUAAAGAUAAUUAAAAUUAUUGAAUAAUUUAUAAUAUUAGAAAUUUUUAUUGUUAUAAUUAAUGGUAAAAGUAAGGUAAUUUCGACGUCAAAAAUUAAAAAAAUAAUUGCAAUUAAAAAAAAAUGAAGAGAAAAGGGCAGACGAGCUGAAGUUUUAGGGUCAAAUCCACAUUCAAAUGGGCUUCUUUUUUCUCGAUCAUAAUAACUUUUUUUAGAAAUUAAAUUUAAAAUAAUUGUUAAUAUUAUUAAAAUCAAACAAAUUAUUAUUAUUAAUCUUAUUAAAAUUUUAAUUAUUUAUACUAGAAUCUAGAUUUUUUGAUUGGAAGUCAAAUAUAAUUUUUAUAUUAUAUAAAUUAUCUACCUCAUCAAUAGAUAGAAAUAUAUAAGAAUAAUCAUACUACAUCAACAAAGUGUCAAUAUCAAGCAGCUGCUUCAAAUCCAAAGUGAUGGAUAGAAGAAAAAUGAUUUAAAAAUUGACGAAUUGUACAAAUUAAUAAAAAUGUUGUUCCAAUAAUUACAUGUAAUCCAUGAAAUCCAGUUGCUAUAAAAAAAGAUGAACCGUAGACUGAAUCUGCAAUAGAAAAUGGAGCUUCAAUAUAUUCAUAUCCUUGAAGGAUUGUGAAGUAGAUUCCUAGAGUUACUGUAAAAAUUAAUCCUUGGAGACCUUGAGAAAAAUUGUUUUCUAUUAGUCUAUGGUGAGCUCAUGUUACAGUUAACCCUGAUGUUAAUAAAAUUAAAGUAUUAAGAAGAGGGAUUUCAAUUGGGUUAAAUGUUUGGAUUCCUUUUGGGGGCCAUAAUAAUCCUAGUUCAAUUCUUGGUGCUAAUGAUCUAUGGAAAAAUCCUCAAAAAAAAGAAAUAAAAAAAAAUACUUCAGAUGUAAUAAAUAAAAUUAUUCCUCAACGUAAGCCUUUAGUAACUAAAAGAGUAUGUAAUCCUUGAUAGGUUCCUUCUCGAACAAUAUCUCGUCAUCAUUGGUAUAUAAUUAAUAUUGUAAUUAAUAAACCGAUUAUUAAUAGGUUAUUAUUAUAUAAAUGAAAUCAUUUAAUUAAUCCUAUUAUUGUAGAUAUAGCUCCUAAUGCUCCUAAUAAGGGUCAUGGACUAAUAUCAACUAAAUGAAAAGGGUGAUUUUUAUGUAUUGACAUUAAUUUACUUCACUAGAAUAUAAAGUUCUUAAAAUAGCAAAAACAUAAGAUUGAAUAAUUGCAACUGCUGAUUCAAGUGUUAAAAGUAAAAUUUGAAUAAUAAUUAAUAAAUUUACUAAGGUGAUUGUUAUUAUAGGUCCUGUAUUACCUAAUAAAGUUAUUAAUAAAUGACCAGCAAUUAUAUUAGCAGAUAAACGAAUAGCUAAAGUCCCGGGUCGAAUUACAUUUCUAAUAGUUUCAAUACAUACUAUAAAAGGUAUAAGGAUUGGAGGAGUUCCCUGAGGAACUAAAUGAGCUAAUAUAUGGAUAGUAUUAUUUAAUCAUCCAUAGAUUAUAAAUCUCACUCAUAAUGGUAAAGCUAAUCUUAAUGUUAAAGUUAUGUGUCUUGUUCUUGUAAAAAUAUAGGGGAAUAAGCCUAGAAAAUUAUUAAAUAAAAUAAUAGAAAACAAGGAAAUAAAAAUUAAUGUUCUUCCUUGUGAUUUAUAAUUUCCUAUUAAAAUUUUAAAUUCUUUAUGUAAAGUUAUAAUAAUUUUAUUUCAAAAAAUAUUAAAUCGUGAAGGGACUAAUCAAAAUAAUGGGGGGAUAAUUCUUAAUCCAAUUAAAGUUCUUAAUCAAUUUAAUGAGAAGUUAAAGUUUGAAGUAGGGUCAAAGGAUGAAAACAAAUUUAUUAUCAUUUUCAAUUAAAAUUUAUUUUAUUAAUUUUAGUUUCAGUUAUUUUAAUUUUAUAAAAAAAAUUAAAAUAAUUUAAAUUAUUAAAACAAAAGAAAAUUCUUAAAAAGAAAAAUAUUAAUGUUAGUCAGUAUAAUGGUAUUAUUUGUGGAAUUAAAAAUUAUCAAAGUGAUUAUUUUAGCUUGACAAACUAAUGUUAUAAAUUAACUAAAUUUUUCAUUAGAAAUAUCCGUUAUAAUAUUAUAGAUGAUUUAAAAUUCCAUUGCUUACUUUCAGCCAUCUAAUGAUAAUUCAAUUAUUUUAAUAAUUCAUUUAGAAAAGUAUUUAGGUGAAAUUCUUUCAAUUACAAUUGGUAUAAAUCUGUGGUUAGAUCCACAAAUUUCUGAACAUUGGCCAUAAAAUAAUCCUGAUCGAUUAAUUGAAAAUCUUGUUUGAUUUAAUCGUCCAGGGGUGCCGUCAAUUUUCACCCCCAGUGAAGGGAUUGUUCAUGAAUGAAUAACAUCUGCAGAUGUAACUAAUAUUCGAAUAAUUCGAUUCAAAGGGGAUUAUUACUCGAUUAUCUACAUCUAAAAGACGGAAAUUGAAUGAAUUUAUAUCAUUAAUUGGGAUUAUAUAUGAGUCAAAUUCAAUAGUUUUAAAAUCUGAAUAUUCAUAAGAUCAGUAUCAUUGAUGUCCAAUUGUUUUAAUAGUGAUUAUUGGGUUAUUAAUUUCAUCUAAAAUAUAAAUUAAUCGUAGAGAAGGGAUGGCAAUAAAAACUAAAGUAAUAGUUGGUAAAAUAGUUCAAAUAAUUUCAAUUAAUUGACCUUCUAAUAAGUAACGAUGUAAAAAUUUAUUAAAAAAUAGUGAUAAUAAUAAUUGGCCAACUAAUACAGUAAUAAUUACUAAAAUUAUUAAAGCAUGAUCAUGAAAAAUAUGAUAAUUGUUCUAUUAAAGGUGAUGCUCUAUCUUGUAAUAUGAAACUUUUUCAAGUUGAAAUUUCUAAAAAAAGUUUAAACUUUAUGUUUGGGGUUUAAGUCCAAUGCACUAAUCUGCCAUAUUAGAAAUUAGCAGAUAAUAUUGGUAAUUCGGAAUAACUAUGUUCUGCUGGGGGGUUAAAUUGUAAUCAUUCAAUUGAAGAAUUUAUUCUUAAUGAACUAAUUCUUUUUCGUUGUAUAGAGAAAGCCUCUCAAAAAAUAAAUAAUAAAAAAAUUA